AGAACGACAAUAUAACAUGGCUGAGGGUGGAGAUUGGAGUUCAAUAAAAGAUGGCUCGGAUGCUGACUCCGAGUACACGUGUUCACCUUGUGGGGAGGAUAAUGUCAGAGAAGAGGCCGUCAAGUUUUGUCCCGUAUGUGUGGAACAUCUGUGUACAUCAUGUACACGACAUCAUGGUCGACAAAAAGCUACACGGUCACAUACGUUACUAAACUGUGAUGCGUCAACAAAAGGUACAGCGGUAACCAUGAUUACAAAAUGUCGUUAUCAUCCAGAUCGUGACAUUGAAAUGUACUGUGGAGCACAUGACAUUGUCUAUUGUAUGAAAUGUAUUCUUGAUAAUCACAGAUCCUGCAAUGGAGUAUCUAAUUUAGAAGACGUGUCUUCACAUCAGGUAAAAGAGAUUGAGCGACUCAAAACGGACAUGAAAACUAUUCAACAGCGUUUAGAUGACACUGAUCAGAAGCUGCAGACGAACAUCAAUAGGGUUGAGAAGCAAAGAAACGAAAUUAUUUCUCAGAUAGAGGGAAUUGAGCGGGAAUUCAUUGAACAUAUCCGUAAGCUGAAGCAUAAAGCAUUGGAAGCUCUUAAUUCAGACUUUACUUUGGCCAAAGAAGAGAUUGAGGUAAAUGUUUCUCAGAUUAGCAAAGUUAAACAAGAAAUUGAGCAAGCAAGUAGCCAGUUACAGACAGUCGACAGUAUGAGUAUAAGGCAACAAUUUGUACAGACAAAACUGGUACAACAGACUGUAAACAAUGCUUUGAAAGUUUUUAAACAAAGCGAGGUAAAAGGUUGUCAGUAUUUACACUUUACGGAAAAUACGGAAUUAAAAUCUUUAAUCAUUGCGUCAACAUCUUUAGGGUCUGUUCAGAAGACAACAGAAAACAACAGUUUGAUGGCAUUAAAGUUGCAUAAAGUAAGUUCACAGAAAGAGAUUAAUAUCAAAAUGACAAAUGACCAUAGUCAAUCUCACAUUGUUGAUAUAUGUCAGCUUGUUGACGGUACAAUAAUACUGGCUGACUAUUAUAACACGAGGAUAAAGAGGCUUGAUGUGAAUUAUAACAUUAAAGAUUGUUUGGAUCUAGAAUCAAAUCCUAGAGGUAUGUGUUGUACUGGUAAUACUGAGGUCGCUGUGAAACUGAACAACAACACAGUUUGGUUUAUAUCAGUAGGAAGUUCAUUAUCUAAGAUGAAAGAUAUAUCUGUUAUAGGUGGACGUUACUUUGGAAUGACAUAUUGCGCUGGAGAGUUGUGGGUAUAUGCUGGUAAUAAUGUUAAUGUAUACAAUAUGACUGGUACAUUAUUAAAGUCCAUCAGUAUUGAUGUCAAUGGUCAACGCAUAUUUAAAUCAUAUCCACAACAAAUGGCUGUCAGUGGAGAUACUGUUAUUAUAGCAGAUAAUAGUGAUGGUGCUAUCUGUCUGAACAGAGAUGGUAAGGUGAAGAGAGAACUGAGAGAUAAAAGGCUUUCCUACACACGUGGUGUAUGUGUAGCCAAUGACGGGACCGUGUUUAUUUCUGGGAAUAGCUCAAACAUCAUGAUGUUUGAUAGAGAUGGUAAAUGUUUGGGAGAAUUGGUGGGUAAAGAUGCUGGUCUGAUUAAUCCAACAUCAUUGUUGUAUGAUGACAAGAAAAACUGUUUAAUUGCUGCAUGCUUUCAAAACAAUAUCAUAGUUUUUAAUACAUACUGAUAAUAUGCAUGUAUUUGAGAUAUAAAAAAGAUAAGGUAUCUAUAGUUUUCAUUGUGCUGUGGUACGAUGAUUAUAUUUUUAUAUUUAUAUGUUGUGAAUUACAUUUAAUGAAAAGCGUGUAUGGCAAUUUUUGAUGCAAUGAAAUAAAAAUACUUUUUCUUCGAGGGUAUUACUGUGUCAAUGCUUGAUUUGGACAUGGGACGGUACGUAAGAUAUGGUGGCUGAUUUGUGUCAUUCGUGUUUUCGCCUCGCGACCUCUCCCAGCGAAAAGUCGAGAGAAUUAACAAGUUAAAACGGCGGGGUCGCGGAACGAAAACACGCUAAUAAGCGAUGGCGCGGGGUGAAGUUUAAUAAAUAUAAAACUUAUGUUUAUAACAAAUGAUAACAAGCAAAUUUUAUGGAAAAUAUGUCAUUGAUAUAUUUUUAUUCUAUUUCAAACAUUGAAAUUUAGAUGGCGCACGUCAAAAUUUGGACGAUUUUCGAUGACAAAACAUGUUCUUGUUUUCAUUGUACAAUCAAUAAAAUACAAGCGCCUAACAUGAUUUUCCACAGAUCAAUAAAGGAUGAAUUUGUUGGCAUUCAGAAAAAAAGUUUGGUAUCAUACAUCAAAGAUUUUUAUCAGCACGCAGUAGCAAAGAGAAAAGUUAACAACAGGAUGUAAUUUGACGUUCACUAUGAAACGAAAUCUAACACAGUUAAGCGUGUCUCUGUAAAUCUCAUUGAAUGAAACAAUCAAAAUGAUAAACAAUGAACGGAGAAUGACAAUGUAAAUAUAUAUGCACGGUUUGUUAAAUGCCAUGGACGUUGAUCAAAAGUGGAAUGAAGUUAUUUAGGCAAUUUCCGAGCGAGAGGACUAACACUUAUUCAUAGCGGAAUUGUGACCUCAAUUAAUUAGAGACAGACUGGCGAAGAUUUAUCAAAUAAAACGGCGGGGAGCAGAGCAAAAACACGCUGAUUAGCGCUUCCGCUAAUUAGCGUGUUCUCGCUCCGCGCCCCUUCGAGGUAGCGGGACGAAAACACGCUAAUAAUCGGGACCGCGCGGUGAAGUUUUAUUUAUUAAACUUUGCCCCGCGACCCAACUAAUCCCACGACCCAACCGUUUUAUUUCUUAAAUCUCGCUCGGCGCGUUCGCGGGACGAAGUUUUUUUUAUCAAACUUCGCCCCGCGCCCUCACUAAUUCGCUUGUUAUUGCUCCGCGCCCCCGUCAUUUUAACUUGUUAAUUAUCUAAUUUUCGCUUGGCGGGGUCGCGGGGCGAAAACACGCUUAUUAGCGGGGGCACGCGGCUAUGUUUUAUCAAUUAACCUUCGCUCCGCGCCCGCGCUAAUUAGCGUGUUUUCGACCCACGACCCCGCCGUUUUAUUUCUUAAAUCUCGCUCGGCGCCCCCGCUGGACGUAGUUUUAUUUAUUCAACUUCGCCAUGCGCCCUCGAUAAUUAGCGUGUUUUCGCUGCGCACCCCCGCCAUUUUAACUUCUUAAUUUUCGACUUUUCGCUUGGCCGGGUCGCGAGGCGAAAACACGAAUGGCACAAAUCAGCCACCAUAGAAGGAGCUUAUACUAACGUUGUAAUAUCUUAAAAAGUUUAUGGACGCUAGACACUGCGUCACUCUUCACUAAUGAACAUGGUAUUAUUUUAAUAAUGUAAUGUUACAAGUUGUUAACUACAAGUAUCGGAUUUUCUCCAUUUCCUGGAUUAACAUAUAUUUGCUGACUUUUUCUGCAAGGUCGACUAAAAACAGCACAGACACUUUAUGAAUUUAAUGACAAGUACGCAAGGUCAUAUGCCACAGCAAGUCAUAUGACUUUUGUAGAUGGAGGUGAGCAAGGUAAUUAAGAUAUAUUCUUAAAGGUACAUAUAUAUAUAUGUGUAAACAGAUACACCCAACUGCAACAUGUUGAGAAACACGCAAUACGAACAUAUUAUAGAAUCCAAAUGAUAGAAUAUUUACAGUAUUUCAUUUUAUAAAUACCUGACAUACAUACCAUAUCUAAAUUAUCGUUAACACAUAUCAAC